AAGCCUAAAUGCAUUGGACCUUUGAUACAUCGACCGAAGCAUUGUUAAAAGUUGGCUCGACGCUGUCUUUAUUAUCCACAUUCCUGCUAAUAGAAAAGACUUUGACGCGGCAAAUAUACAGGCAAUAUGAACAUGGAAGAUUUAUUAAACACACAAUUUGUGAAGUUAAAAGAAGCUAUGAACGAUCUCUUUGAAUUAAAAAGCGCUGGACAUGUUUUGGAAUUGAAGCAAUCACCAGGUGUAUUAAUGUUUGUAGCAUUAAAGCACUCAAACCGGAAAGUCAAGCGAAACAUAAAAUCUGGGCGAGAUGAAUUACAUUUGCAGAAAUCAAAAGUGGAUCUAAGUAGAUUGCAAUUGCAAAAUCUACUUUAUGAAGUUAGCCAUUUGAAGAAGGAAAUCGUCCGAUGUCAAAAAUUCAAGAGUCGGGACACCUAUUUGGAAUUGCUUUCAGAUAAAGAAUAUGCCAUAAAGUUUGCCGCCGAUGGCAGUGAUAACGCAAAUAUGUCCAAUCACAAAACACAUUUGUAUCGCUUGGAAUGCGAAUUACGUUUGCGUAAAGAACUGGAUAAUCAGUAUAGCGCCUUACUUACCUCAAAACAGGAGCUAUUGCAGGAUAAUUUGAAGCAGACGCAAAAAUAUCUUUCAUUUGCUCCAGCUCUACGAACGCUGCUAGAAUCGACAAAGCCAUUGCACGAUGCACUGCAAUUAUCCCUCGAUGUCGAAUGGAAAUUAAGCUCAAUAUUUAAGUAUCUGCCAAGAGCUUUGUAUAUAUUGUUUAUUAAUCUGCAAGCCCUUCAGCGUACCAAAACCGAAUUUGCAUCGAAAGUAGUUGGUUUCGAGAGUGAUCAACAAAUGCAAGAAUUGCUUUUGGAAACAGAAAAUACAUUGAAGGAACGUCGACAUUUCACUGAAAAAAGUACUUCUAUUGAAACAGUGCCCGAUAAAUCGUUGGAUCAAGUCUUGAAAUGUCAUCCGCUUCAUAUACAUCUAGUCAUUGAAAGUCCAGAUAAGUCUUUUGAGCUAAUACUAAUUGUGAGAUACUGGCAAUUGCUCAAAUGUGUAACUGUGCGAGCACAACUAAACAGUACAAACAAUUCUAAUUUUCAAGGAGAUGCCAACAUGGUUGAGGACCUGCUCGGACAUUUAUAUCCUGAUGAUACGGGAAAUUAUAUUCCUAUUCCAGGCAUAGAAUAUGAAUUGCAGAAUUUAAAUUUGACCACGGAGAAGUGUUUGGAAUACCUGGUUGAAAAUGGAUAUGGAAAACCAUAUUGUUGGCUGCAGAGCAUGUGUUCGAUAGCGACCGUUAAUAAGAAGCAAACUUUUAAGCACGAAUUUAAUUUGCAUAAAUGGAUUCGUAAAGUCUUUAUGCGCAUCCUAAAACGUUGGCAAUCGUGGUUACGACUAACUCAACAAAUACGUGGUUUGACCUAUAAAGAUGUAGAUCUGUCUAUAUCAAAGGAGAAUAUUUAUCCAGAAGGCUUGUCUUGUAGCUUGGUGCAGUGGACUGCAAUCUCCAGUGAGGAAUUUAACAUUCAAAACGCUGGAUUAAUUUACAAUUUGUCGCCUUCGAAUGGAAUCACGUACACCUCCUAUAGGGCUGUAAUUGUGCGUGGAUCUGCCAAAAUGGAGUGUUUCAUUCGAAUACCCAGCAAUUAUCCCUUAGAUAUUCCGCUUUGGAUCUUAAGUGUGCAUUGGAAUGGACGACAUACUUCAAUGAACAAUGCGGCAAUUAAAAUGAUGGAGUUUUGGACAAACUCCUUACAGCCGUCACAAUUGAAGAAGGGCAAUCGAUUGCUGUACUCCCAGCUAUUUCGUACCAUAUAUAGCUUCGAUAUUUUCCUUGAAACGGAAGGAUCAAUGCAAACAGUUAGAGAAUACAACAAAGAGAAACCAUAUAUUAGUACUUUCACGAAACGAAUCCGAUUGCGUCCAUAUAAGUACAUAAUGAAGGGUUCAACAUUUACAUUUAAACAAUAAAUAAAUAUAAGCCGAUAACAACGUCAUCAUGA